GAACUUAAUUAUUAGAUUUCUGAAUAAACCUAAUGCUUCUCAAGGUAUUAAUUAAAUCUUCAAAUAAUACUGAUUGUUUUUACAAUGUCUGUGGACUAAUCAGCACAGAACAGCAGAAAAUCAGAUAUUAUUAAGAGAGGAAGAAAAACAGUUCUAAACUGACAUAUGCUGUUUGAUAACCUGCAGUUCUUGAUAAAUGAGAAAGAGUAAAGGUUUGGAUGCACUGUUUGUAUUCAUUUCGGGAAGUUGAUUUUGAAAAAAAAAUAUUGUUACACAAUUUUUUCAAAACGAUUAUAUAACAAACUCUUAUUUAUUGUGGAUUUGGUAACAUAUUGUUUAACAAAGAAAGUUUUACGACAGAGGAUCAAGACACUUAUGAACAGAAGAAGGAAUUCCCAACUGCCAUGUGAUGUUUUGAUCAAUACCAGAACAUUCACUCUGACACUCUUCCAUUUGCAUCGAAUUUUCUCUAAGAUAUCUCCAGAAGUGACUUUUAGUCAAAGGGAUGAUAAAUGAAAUUUAAAAUAAUAAUAACUUGGAUAAUUAACAAGGUAUGAAAAAUGACUGUAAAAGAAAGAAGAUAGAACAGCAGUGAAACAUUAAUAGAUAAAACAAAAUUUUCAAGACUGAUGCAAAGAUGAGUGGGGCAUUUGGUGCAGCAAAAUAUCGGGACAAACUUCUGAUACUGCUUCCUCCCAGAGAAUGUGUAACACCACACCAGCUGUGUUACGGAAUGCCGUACAAUACCACAAAUGCUAUGGAGCAUUGGAUGGAGGUUUCAAAUUACGUUUGCUAUGUUGCACUGCCCAUCAUUCUUGUGUUUUGUCUUCUCGGAAAUAUUGUGAACAUAGCGGUGCUUUCAAAACAAUUCAGAACUUCCAUGGAUACAUAUUUACUAGGGUUAUCAAUCGCAAGUGUACUAUUUGUGGUGUCAACAAUCGUGUACAACGUGCAGCACUAUGUUGGAUACACAGACUAUUUUGUUUGGGCACAGAAAUAUGCUGUAAUUAGUCGGGACUGGUUCUGGUUCGCAACAAUAUGGCUGCUCAUAUUAAUGAGCUUAGAACGCUCAAUCACCGUAACUUCAAGAAAAGCUCAAUCACUCUGCUCUCCGACUCAGGCUGCUAUCGUCGUCAUUCUAGUUUACAUUAUCGGUUUUAUAAGUGCACUUCCUCGGUACUGGGAAUAUGACGUUGUUCAGCAGGGUAGCUUACAUCAUGAACAAACUUUCAUCGCUUUAAAGAAAUCAGCUGACGAAAAAAUUCAGGAAUAUAAAGCUAUAUAUUAUUGGUAUAUCACAUCUAUUACAAUCUUUCUACCAACGCCACUUCUAUUUUUCAUGCUGUUCCCCUUGUGUUAUGGAACGCGUCAAACUGUGAUUUCUCGGAACUAUUUAUUCAUAAAACAUAGUGCCAGCACUGCGCUUAUAUUAAAUAGACGUUUAAAAGAAGAAAUAGCAUUAACGAAACUAGCAAUUGUGAUGGUUGUGCUAUAUUUAAUGCUAGUGGCGCCAUUUCUGUUUUUCGAUCUAUUGUCACACUUUGCGCCAAGCUUGACACAGACGGGGACACCAUAUUUUGUAGCGCUGUACAACAUUUUUGCAGUCUGUUUUCAUUCAUAUUACAUGUGGCAUCAACAAAUUUUCUUCUGCUGCAACAAACAAUACCGUCUGCAGUUUCUAGCUUCCUGUUGUUGUUGUUGUUGAAAGAAACAAACCUGCCUUCCUGACACCAUUAUGUACCAUAUAUUUCUAAACUUCACAAGGCAGUUACCAGAUAAAAAAAUGUCAUAUACUUUUUUAUAAAUUAAUGCAAUGCUUGCUAGUCAUUUUAUGUUUUAAAGGCAUUUAAAUGUUAGAAAAUUCUGAGAAUAUAGUACAUUAAAAAUAUGCACAACAUCAUAUAUUGCCGCAUUUCUUAAAACCUUAGCACAAAAAGAUUUAUUCUUACAUUUCAACAAUGGAGCUUCAUUUCACCAUAAGCAAAAAUAACAAUAACUGAUGUGAAAUUGCUAAAUUAUCAUGUAAAAGAAUUCCAUGUUCUUAUUGGUUGCAAUUUCAUAUUUUCAAAAACUGCUUUUUUUUUUUUACUGUAGUUGGAUUUGUUUUUGCCUGCUGAAAAGUCACAAAAAAUGUCAACAACAUUGUCAAAAUGUUUAAACUCAUAUUUCUUGUGCACUUCCAAGUGAGUAGUAAAUGAUAAGGGAGAUUUUGUUUUAAAAUAAAAUUAGAAAUUACUUGAUCUUUUGAGAAAUGAAUCAUGGUUUUAAAAAUGUUGUCAUGUUCUAAACACAACAUCACAGGUCUGUUUCAAGCCUAAUGAAAAUAACUCAAAAUUAUCCACAUCUUUUAUUUGGAAUGAUAUUUUUUCUUUCUUUACUUUGUUUUGAUAUGUUGAGUGUUGCAUACUUUCAAAAUUAUAAAUCUCUAAAAGGUCUACAGCUGAAACUGCUUUAGCAGCAAACUGUAUAAACCACCCAUUUGCCUGCAGCAAACUGUAUAAACCACCCACUUGCCUGCAGCAAACUGUAUAAACCACCCACUUGCCUGCAGCAGACAGUCAAGCUGAGCUGACUUUAAAAACUGACUUUCUGGUCUUAUUUUCAACUUGUCUUAAGCAGUCGCUUGUUAUAAGCAGAAAGACUGUCGCUUCCUUGGCUCGGCUGCUUAAUAAUUUGUUUGACUGACUCUAUAUUGUCCAGUUACAGUUGGAACAAUUAAAGUUCAAACUUGGCAGCACAAUGUACACUUUCCUCAUAGAAUGCAUGUUUCUCAAAUGACCAGGUGAUAUUUUGCACACAAAUGCAGCCAAAUCAAACUGUUCUGCUUUGGGUGUCAAUACGAUUUUUAGGAACUAUCCUAGACAGAUGGUAGAAACUGCAUUUGAACUGUAAAUAUUCAUUGUAGUACUACGUAAUUACUGACCUGGCAGUCAUGAAUAUUCUGUUUUCGUAAAUUUAUUUUCAGUGUCUGACCUAAGUAAAGAUAUAUAUAUAUAGUCAAACUAAUGAUAUAUAUAUUUCAUAAUUAACGUUGCAUGAGCAGAUAAAGCUGUACGGACAAAGCUUUCCGCUACAAAACUAGGGGUUGUGGGUUUGAGUCUUCUAUCUGACCAUAUCAUUUUUUAAAUUCAUUUGUAAACUUAACAGAUGGGAAAAUUGUCACACAAAUUUUUAUCAUUCAAUUUUUGGAAGAAUAUUCUACUAUUUAACAUUCUUCUAUAUGGAAGUCCAUCAACCUUUCUAUAAAAUGUUGACUAACUAAACAUAGAAAUAAGAGAGCUUACCAUUAUGCCACGUGCCAUUGGUUCAAAUAAAUUGGUUGUUUUUGAUUAAUGUUUAUUUUCAGGAUAAAAUAACAAAAACGCCCGAAUAUAUGGGAGAAGAUUAAUGAGUGCCAGGUCAAUAUUUACAGACAAUAUUUCUACACAAACUAGUUUACUAUCACUAGGUUAUCUAACAUUGUUCUGUACAAUACGGAGAUAUAUUUGGACAAGUACCCAGAUUAGCUAGUUUUCCCAGCUCAGCUAGGGUACGAGUCCAAAUAUAUCACUCAUUGUAUAGUACAAUUUUAAAUAACCUAUUUAUUCUAUAUUUAUUUUAGUUUAGUUAAAAUUAAAAACGAUUCACAGAAUAUUGUAUUUCUGCCUUUAAGCUAUAUUUUCAAGACGCAUAAUCAAACUCUGUACAUAGAGCGCCUACUUCACUUGAUUUACAUUCGGAACAUUUUCAUGCGUUUCGGGCUUUAUCGUAUGUUUAACAUGGGACUGUCAAACCGUCCAAAUAGGGAAAAAAUACAGGAUUUGUUGUACGCAGGUGCAUCCAAUACAGUAAUAUAUUGUACGGUCACGUGAUGCAAAUAAACGUUCACGACUGGAUAAAUAAAAUAGAUAUAGAAUAAUAAAACUUACACAUGUAUUUGUCUAACACUUUACACCUUUGUCAUAUAUAUGGAUAGUUUUAAGACACUGCCUCAUCUAUAUAAUAAUGUUGUCCCCUCAGCAACUGCAUUUUAACAUAAAGAAGGCACUAAGGUGAUGAUAUGGCAAUUGUUUCAUUUUUUUUAUGUACAUUUAUGUUAUAUUUCGUUGUUUUGUUUUUCCAAUUAUAUCAAAUCUGGAAUUGUGGUUCCUUUUGUAUUUCCUGAAACAUGACCAUUGUCACUAGUACAAAAUGCACAGUAGGUAUAUACAAAGUCAACAGUUACUGUUAAUACAUAUUAAUACUACUCCCGCAUGACAAUCUAAACGACAGCAUGUUUAUAUUAUUGUUUGAUUUUUAUGGUUCUCAUGCAUCAUUGAACUCAGAAAGGUUGUCAGUGAUAGAAGUUAAGUGCAUACUGUAAUGUUAUACAAAAAUAUUUUCUGUAUUGAAACGUUUUAAUGAAGAAAAACCAUAAUUAUCAAACAUGUUAUUGUUUGAGUUAUUGUGCGGGAUUUAUACUAACUCACCAACAGCCAUUUGUUUAUAAAACAGCCCAAACUUCUCAGAUUCAAUGCUGGUUUAUUGAAUUCAUUAUCACCUUCCUUCAUGGUAGAAAAGAAAGCAAUUUUUAAGAUAGUUUGUUGCUGCGCUUUAAGCUGACAAGAUCAUGCUUUAAGCUGACAAGAUUGCACUAAAAGCUGGCCAGACCAAACAUCGUCCAACUAUUUUAUUUCUUAAGAGUAACUGUAAAUAUACUUUACCAAUAUUUUUAAUAAAAUUAACAUUACCUAGACAAGCCUUUUGCAACAAGCAAAUCAACUUGUUCUUUUAGCAUUGAAGGUUUUGGUCAAUUUAAACAUCAUUUAAAGGUGUCACACCUUUUACAGAUGUCCAAUAUUUGUUACAACUAUGACUCUUCAGAUACAAGUAAUCUACAUAAUUUAUGAGGGAGACAGCAAACCUCACUCCUCCUGUAGUGCAGAAAAAAUUACCAUCAUAACAAGAAGUGCAUUUCUUGAUAAAACGGACCAAUCAUACUGAAGAGACUAUCUAACUAUAUGUUCUGAUCUUCAAUUUGUUUGUAAAACAUGCUUUACAUAUACAUAUAUUUAUAUCAUAACACUUUUACGAGACUUUAAAAUCUAUUUUUUCAUGUUGUAUAGUCCUAUUUGUUUUGAUAUGUCUGUAAUAAAAUUCAAAAACUUUUAA